AUGAAGGGUUUCUACGUGCUGUGUUUUGCACUGUUCGCUGCUGUCUACUGUAAAGAGACAUACAGCUCGGAAAAUGACGAUCUGGAUAUUGAAGCUUUGGUGGGAAAUAUUGAUUCUCUGAAGGCCUUUAUUGGAUGCUUCUUAGAAACAUCCCCUUGCGACGCUGUUUCCGGGGAUUUCAAAAAGGACAUUCCUGAAGCUGUGGCAGAAGCAUGUGGCAAAUGUACUCCAGCCCAGAAACAUCUAUUCAAACGUUUCCUUGAAGUCGUCAAGGACAAGCUACCUCAAGAAUACGAAGCCUUCAAAACUAAAUACGAUCCCCAAGGAAAGCAUUUCGAUGCUCUGUUAUCCGCCGUCGCUAAUUCUUAA